UCCAUUCGGAGGAACCGAAACACCAGGGACAGACGCGCCCGCAAUUGUUCUGCGUGCACAUUUAUUUGAAGAACAUCAUAACCCCAGAUACACUUCAGACACAAAUUAGCUCCCCAAUUCCACCGGGACCUUGGCCGGAGAUUGUGCCGCUUCUCCCCACGGCGUGAACGACAAGUCGAACAUCUGACCAUGGACGAGCUGCAGGACGUACAGCUGACGGAGAUCAAGCCCCUGCUGACCGACAAGAAUGCUCGGAAUUUUCAGGACUUUGACUGCCAGGAGCAUGACAUUGAGACUCCCCAUGGUGUCCUCCACGUGACCAUGAGGGGAACACCCAAAGGCAGUAGACCAGUUAUUCUCACUUACCAUGACAUUGGCCUCAACCACAAGUCCUGCUUCAACACCCUCUUCAACUUUGAGGACAUGCAGGAGAUCACGCAGCACUUUGCCGUGGUCCAUGUGGAUGCCCCUGGACAACAGGAAGGUGCUCCCCCUUUCCCCAAUGGGUACCAGUAUCCCACCAUGGAUGAACUUGCUGAAAUGUUGCCCUCCGUGCUCACGCACCUGAAGGUGGGCAGCCUGAUUGGAAUUGGUGUGGGAGCUGGAGCCUACAUACUAUCCAGACUUGCGCUGAACCAGCCAGCCCUGGUGGAGGGUCUCGUGCUCAUCAACGUGGACCCCUGUGCAAAGGGCUGGAUGGACUGGGCUGCUUCCAAGCUCUCUGGAUGGACCAGCAACCUGGUCGACAUAGUGAUGAGCCACCAUUUCAGCACAGAGGAGCUGACUGAAAACCAGGAAAUAAUCCAAACAUACCGUCUGCACAUUGCCCAGGAUAUCAACCAGUCCAACCUCACACUCUUCUGCGCUUCUUAUAACAGCCGUCGGGACCUGGAGAUUGAGAGGCCGGUGCCUGGCCUGAAUGAGGACACAGUCAACACACUGAAGUGCCCUGUCCUGCUGGUCGUUGGAGACAACUCCCCAGCAGUGGAAGCAGUCGUGGAAUGCAACUCCAGGUUAAAUCCAACAAAAACAACUUUGCUGAAGAUGGCCGACUGUGGCGGACUACCUCAGGUUGUCCAGCCAGGAAAACUUGCAGAAGCGUUCAAGUACUUUGUCCAGGGAAUGGGCUACAUGUUGCGUAACCACAGUUUGCCCACUGCCAGCAUGACCCGGCUGGCACGCUCUCGGACUCACUCCUCCUCCAGCAUGGGCUCCGCAGAGGGCAACCGGAGCCGCACGCACACCAACGCCCAGCUGGAGGGUGCCAGUGCGGCCCAUGACAACCAGGCCCGGCCACAAACCAUGGAGGUUUCCUGCUGAACGCCUCAAGCUCUCCUAAUGCCACCCAGCGGCCCGGCCCAUCGCUCGAGUCCCUCCGCCUCCUCCUCUCUCUUUGCUUGCCCAGAGCACAAGGCCAGGGACAUGUUUAAGGAAGCAUGAGGGCAUAAAUAAAGUGAAAUGUAACAUAUUUAAAAAGCCAGCAGCUUACAGUCCUCCUCCAUCACUUCUUAUUUUCUAACAACAUAUGCAUGCCUGCUGUGGCAGUACAAUGACACACAUUUCCUGCUCUUCAAUUACUUUUGUGAGCAUUUUUGACUUUUUAAAGGAUUAAUCUAUUUUGGAAUGGUGUAUGUGUUUUAUACACACUGGUCAUUGUGCAUUUGUCCUUCCUAACAAAUCAGGGAGAGGUUGACAGCUCUCAAUUUGUGGAGUUGAGAUGUUCCUCUCAGACCGAGGUCUUCCUCACUCAAAUCCAAAUCAACCUUGCUCUGUCAGAUUCCCCUCAUAUUAAUUUCCUGCUUCUUUUUGCUCCAUCGCUACAGAAGAUUCUUAUGCAGACACACUUGUUUUUUUGCAUACACACACACACACACUAAUAUUCAUUAAUUUGUUUUUUUUUAUUGUUGUAAGUUGUGAAUAUACUUUGCUUACUUUGGUUGCAAGACAGUGUGACAAACUUGUUCUAGGUCAGUAGCUCUAUACCAAGGAUGUUUUAUAGCAUGUCCCUGUUGUAGGCAAA